AUGCUCCCAGUAUUCAUUGUGGCUUCCAUGGCUGUUUUGGGUGUUAGUACUGUAAUGGCAGUGUUCACCAACUCGUUUAUCAUUGCUGUGAAUAUCAUAGACAAAAUCCAAGGAAAAAGCCUCAGUGCUUCUGACCUCAUCAUAGUGACUUUAUGUAUCUCCAACAUCAUCUUUCAGUUCAUCAUGCUGGUUAAUGACUAUGUAAGUUUUCUGGAGACAGAUCUCUAUUUCUCCGAUGAAGUCUAUGUCAUAUUUACAGUCAUGAUUAUUCUACCUGUUUACUCCAGUUUCUGGUUCACAGUUUGCCUCUCCUUCAAUUACUACUUGCAGAUCAUCAUUUUCACCAAUCCAUUCUUAAUCCGACUUAAGAUUGGAAUCUCUCAACUUGUUCCAAAACUUCUCUUAGCUUCUGUAUUUAUAGCAAUGACUACUGGUGUCCCUGCAGUCUGGAACUUCUACAGGGAUUCUCCAGGAUUAAACAUGUCAAGGAAUAUGACUAUAGAAAUCUCUGUCCCCAAACUAAAUAUUAUCUAUCUGUUGCCUACUAACCUCCUCAGUUGUUCUCUACCACUAGUUUUAGUGGGAAUUGUAAAUGGGUUAAUCAUAAAGUCACUUGUCACCCACACUCAUAAGACAGACAGGAAUGCUAAGGGCGAUCUCAGUGCUCGGGCAGAGGGUCGAGUGCGGGCAGCAAUGACAAUCAGUUGUCUUCUAAUUCUAUAUUUAUCAUUCUAUAUAUCAGAAAUCUUAAUGUUCAUUGAUGCUUUCCCUCCAAAUAGUCCAGGGUUCUGCAUAUGCCUAAUGGUGAUUUACAGUUAUUCUCCAGCACAAUCCAUUGUUCUUAUCUUUGGUAGCCCUAAACUGAAACAGAUCUCUCUCAGUUUACUGCAUUAUACAGGUGGUUCUAACAAAGAAAAGGCCAAGAUACCAAAAGUUUUGUUUAUAAAACUUGGGACGAAGAAGAAAGUACCAGUGAAGAUGAAUAAGAACUACCAAAGUAAAUACAUACAGGACAAGCAUUUCUGUCUCAUUCUCCGGGAUGAAAAGAGUAAGUCAGUUCUGAUGCUUCCUAUAUUUUUGCUUUUAUCUAUGACUAUUUUGGUAUUCAGCACCAUAAUAGGGUCACUUGCCAAUUCAAUUAUCAUUGCCGUGAAUAUCACAGACAAAUUCAAGGGUAAAGCUCUCAGCCCGUCAGAUCAGAUAUUGCUUAUGAUGGGCAUAUCCAAUGUCUUAUUUCAGCUCAUAAUGACACUUAAUGAUUUCCUCAGCUUUCUUAAAAGUGAUUUUUACUUCACUAAAGAGGUUUAUAUUCUCUUCUCGGCCAUUAUCAAUUUCCCAGUCUUUACCAGCUUCUGGUUGACUGCAUGUCUAUCCAUCAGCUACUAUUUUCAGAUUGUCAUAUUUACUCAUCCAUUCCUUGUGCGGCUCAAGUUAGUACUGUUUCGGAUUAUUCCACAGCUUCUAAUGACUUCAGUUCUUAUAUCACUGGCAACAUGUAUACCUGUAAUCUGGAAUACAAUGAUAUAUGAUCAAGAAUUUAACAUGACAGGUAAUGCGAGUAUGGAAGCCUCCUCUCCUACAUUGACUUUAGAGUAUCUGAUCAUAAGUAAUCUUAUCUGUUUAUCACUGCCACUAGUCUUAGCAGGAGUUACCAAUGGUUUUAUUAUCAAGUCACUUGUAACUCACACCCACAAGGCAGUCAAGAAUGCUAAAGGAGAUCUUAGUGCCCGUACAGAAGGGCAAGUGCGGGCUGCAAGGACAAUAAGUUGUCUUCUGUUGAUCUACAUUUCUUUCUAUAUAUCGGAAUUAUUAUUGUUCACUGAAAUGUUUCCACCUAGUAGUUUAGGUUUAUGUGUUUGUUAUAUGAUCAUUUACAGUUAUUCUCCUUCUCAGUCUAUUGUCCUUAUUUUUGGAAGCCCCAAACUAAAACAAGCUGUUGCCAAUAUAAUUCAUAGUAUUCAAGGUUUCAAUGAAGAAGUGGAUACUACACCAAAUGUUGCAUUCAUAAAGUUGAAUAUUAAGGGGUCAAUGGCCCACCUAACAGAUGAAAAUAAGAAACAAAAUACAAUUGUAACUGGGACACUAGAAGAUAUUGGGCAGCACCUUAACUUUAAUUCUGCAUGUACAUAG